CAGUGGGGGGAUGGUGAUAGAGCAAGAGAUUGAAGAAGGGAGGGCUGAAGACUGUAUGUGAGAGCGAACGAGGGAGGGGGAAGUAAGAACCGAGACAACUGAGCCACUGUAGCAGGAAUCGCCACAGAGAUGCCGAGGGUCUUUCCAUGAAAGCGGAAACACUAUCACGCACGUACGGGCGGUGAAAGGCUUUUCAGAUGAGCCCAUAUUUUGAGUGACCCGAGAGAAGAGGAGAACCAUUUUCCUGCGUCUCUGUCUGUCUCAUGAGCAGCCAUGCCUGUUCUCUCACCUACCACAGGUUUACAUGAGAUGCUAGCCCUCCUCACUUCCCAGCUGCAUCCAGAUGCUAAUCAUAAAGAGGACACGGUUUUCCUCAGGGAGGUCUUCAGUGAGAGGAGCCUCAGCUAUCUUAUGAAAAUCCAUGAGCGACUCAGGCAGUUCCAGCUCCAGAGCCCGACCCCAGUGCUCCACAGCGCAUCCUGCCUGGCCGAAGAUGUCAUAGAGGAGCUACAGAACGGACCAUUGGAAGAAGAUGAGCGAGAACUCUUAACACUUCUUACUGCUCCACAUGUGAAGGCAGUGCUAACAGUACAUGACACAGUGGCGCAGAAGAACUUUGAGCCUGUGCUCCCCCCUUUGCCGGAUGAUUUAGACGAUGAACUAGAGGAGGAAUCAGUGAAGAUUGUGCGUUUGGUGAAGAACAAGGAGCCUCUUGGUGCAACCAUCCGCAGGGAUGAAGUAACUGGGGCGGUAGUGGUUGCUAGGAUAAUGAGGGGUGGGGCUGCAGACCGCAGUGGUCUAGUACAUGUUGGAGAUGAGUUGAGGGAGGUCAAUGGAAAUCUAAUUAUACACAAACGUCCUGAGGAGAUCAGCCAGAUUCUGUCUCAGUCUCAGGGCUCGAUCACUCUGAAGAUAAUCCCUGCCAUUAAGGAGGAGGACAGAUUCAAGGAGAGUAAGGUCUAUUUAAGAGCCCUGUUUGAUUACACACCAUUUGAAGACAAGGCCACACCCUGUCAGGAGGCAGGACUGCCUUUCACACGUGGGGACAUCCUGCAGGUGGUGAGCCAAGAUGACCCAACAUGGUGGCAGGCCAAAAGAGUGGGAGACAGCAACCUGCGUGCUGGACUCAUUCCUUCAAGACAGUUCCAGGAGAGACGACUGUUGUAUAGGAUGAAAAUGGGAACACACCAGAGCCCUAAAUCAACUAGAGCAUCACCAUGUGACCAAACUUGUGAAAAAGAGGACUGUGACAGUGAGGGCGGUGUCAGUGGACAGCACAUAGUUUCUCCAAAGUGUAAGGCGGUGGCACCGUCCUGUGGUCAGGCCUUUUCCUGGGAGUUUUACUCAGCUGGUCUAAGGAGAAGCUUCAGACUGAGCCGCAAGGAUCACCAGGAUUUGACCAAAGAGUCUCGUCCAGCGGAGUCCACAGAGAGUGAGUUUCUCAUAUAUGAAGAGGUUACACUAUAUCAGAUGAGACCCCAAGACAAACCAAGACUUGUGGUGCUGAUAGGAUCUCUUGGUGCUCGAAUCAAUGAGCUGAAACAGAAGGUGAUUGCUGAGAAUCCUCAUCGGUACGGUGUCGCUGUGCCACACACAACAAGACCCAGGAAAAGCCAUGAAAAGGAAGGUGUAGAAUACCACUUCAUAUCCAAGCAAGCCUUUGAGUCUGACAUCCAAUCGAAUAAGUUUAUUGAAUAUGGUGAAUAUAAGAAUAACCAGUAUGGGACAAGUCUGGAGUCAAUCCGGAGUGUCCUGGCGAGAAAUAAAGUCUGUCUAGUAGAUGUUCAACCUGAGGCCCUGAAAAUCCUCCGUACAGCAGAGUUUAAGCCCUAUGUGAUUUUUGUAAAGCCACGCAUCCCUGAGAUUCGUCUGCAACAUAGCUCCCCUACAUCACCAGGAAGGAGUGACAAUGGACACAUCACAGAUGAAGACCUGCAGGACAUGAGGCAGUCAGCCGAGCAGAUUGACCAGCAAUAUGGCCACCUAGUGGACAGGGUACUGAUAAAGGAGGACUCUGCUAGUGCCUGUGUAGAGCUGAGGAAUAUUCUGGAUCGACUUGAGAGGGAGCCAAAGUGGGUGCCUGUCAGCUGGGUCCGAUCUUGAACCUCCCUCCAUACUAAAUUCUAACGCUCACAUAUGGUGUAAUGAAAACAUGUAAUGAACUUCUCUGCCUCUUUCUGAGUCUGCUGUCUGCCUGUUUCCAUUUCAUCCUGUUCGAAAGUAAUACAAAGUAGAAUACAAGUGCCAUCUGACUUGUUGAAACUGGGUUUGUUGUACUGCGCUAGUGGUGAAGAUUUCUGUUCAAAAGACUUUGCAUGAAAGUAGCAUUGACAAGAAGAAAUGUAUCAUUAAUAGCUGAAAGAAUUUGUUUUCUGUGGAAAAAAAAUGGUUGUCCUUAGUUCUGUCGAGUGAGCUGCACACACACACACACACACACACACACACACACACACACACACACACACACACACACACACACAUUGUUAUAUGUGGUUUAUGGGGACUCUCCAUAGGCGUAAUGUUUCUUAUUCUGAACAAACUGUAUUUUCUAUUGCCCUACCCCAACCCUGCACCUAAACCUACCCCUCACAGGAAAAAUUGUGCAUUUUUGGAUUUUCAAAAAAACUCAUUCUGAAUGAUUUACAAGCCUUUUGAAUUACGGGGACACUGAAAAUGUCCUCAUAUAUCACCUCCUCAUUGUAAUACCUAUGUCAUAACCAUGUCAUUAUCAGAUUUGUGUCAUCAUAAACCACAUAAACUUGCUCUCUCAUACACACACACACACACACACACACAAAAAGAACCUUCAGAUGAGGACAGGUUCACUUGAAUGAGAGGACAAACACUGACUCAGGUUUCUCUCACUUUGUCAAAGCUGGUUUCUGCCAGGCAAACCAUCUAGUGUGAAAGUCUCUUGUUUUGUUAUCUUCAGCUUAUGCUGGCUGUGUAUAUUUAAUCAAAUGUAAAUGGGAAUGAUGUAAAAUAUUAUACUGUAUAUUUGCAAACAAUUUAAGUGUUUAUACUUGUGUAAAAUAAAAUUUCGUAUUUGGUCACAGCCUGUCAUAAUUUAGUUGUAAUUGUCAAAGUUUUUGUAUCAAACUGAAGACUAUGAUGUCUGUGUAAUGUAUUAGACUAAUUCUACAUUAUAGUCAAAGAGCAUAAGGCAUGUUAACAUCUUUAUGGCCAUAUAGUACUGUUCAAAAUGUUAUGAUUGUGUACCCUUUUAGACUAUAUGGAGUAUUUUUGAAUGUAAAUUGUUAUAAUAAAAAUUACAGACUGCA